AUGAAAAUUGUGUUUUUUCCUGAUUCAAAGGUGUUUGAAUUUUAUUUGUUGUCUUCCUGUCGUUCAGACCCAUCAGAGGCCGUCCUGCAGGCGAUGCAGCGGAGUCGCUGCCUCCUCUUUGUCCUCAGCCCCGCCUUCCUGACAGAGAAAGGUUUCAGCCUCCUGGAGUGCCGCGUGGGCCUGUACCUCCAACACGGCCACCAAGCCUCCAUCGCCGCCGUUGUUUACCACUCCGUCAGUAAACUGCACUGCGUGGAGGUGACGCAGCUCUGUCAGGCUGCUGUCAGCACUGUCAAGUGGCGGGGGAGUAGAUCUGAGCCGCGGCGGUCGCGGUUCUGGCUGCGACUGAGGCUGGCACUGCCCCUGCGGCCACUCGCCAUGGGCAGGAGGUUGAUUGACAGCACGUCAUCCCACUCAGACCUGGCUGCUGUGGUUCUGCACAGAGCCCAAUGGAUCCAGCACCAAAGCCAGAACCAAAGAGACAGAACCAAUCAGAGUCAUAAAAACAGGCGGGCUUCACUAAGUCAGGGCCACAUGGGGAGACAGGCCCCUCCCACUGCAAGAGGGAGUGUGAAGAGGGGGGUCACAUCCAGGGACGAGGGGUCACAUCACAGCAGAGGCUGCUCACGGUCCACUGGGUUCAUCCAUCAGGUGGAUGAUAGAGAGGCGGAGCUUACAGAGAUGCAACAUGUGUCACAUGACAGGACUGAAGAGGAGUCAGCUGUUGUCCCAGAAACAGACCCUGUCCCUGAAAUAGAUGUGGUCCCAGAAACAGACCCCACCCCAAUUCCGGACACUGUCCCUGACUCCACCUCCCCCACACGUGAGCAGGACGAGGAUGUCCUUAAAGUGGCGCCAGAGGAGACAUAGAGUGGUUCGUUUGUCUUUUGUGGAGCAUUUAUCCAUCAACAUAAAUAACAAUUUACAAAUUAAAAUCAACAAAUGAACGUUAUUGCACAUACUGAAAUGUUAGGCCUGUAUGCUUGGAAAUGUCACAAUAUUAACCCAACAUGAACAUGUAGACAUCUUUAACUUUAAGCAGGAAUUGUCACUUGAACUAAUUUUAUCAUUUAAAAACCAGUACUGCAGUACUGUCUCGGCCCACAACAUGUGAGAUUUUAUUUUGAAAUCCUGGCUAAAGGAAGAAGUCUGAGUCAGCAGGUGUCACUGUUUAACCACUCAACCUGCUCUCUCUCUCUCUCUCUCUCUCUCUGUCUGUCUGUCUCUCUCUCUCAUAUAAAACCUGGUCCUAAUGAGGCAGAAUCUAAUUUUUGAGGAGCUGGUGUUUAGAGCUAAGAUAUAAACUGUGGUUAGGCAUUAACUACAGGCUAUGUUUAAGGCUUUGCUUAGACUGUCCAAAUGAAUAGAUUUCAAUGCAGUUUAGUAAGAAGAAGAAU